CCGUACUGACUCACCAUCCACCUGCUGUGCCAGUAGAGGCCUAAUGCCAGAGGUCUGUCCGGAGGGAGGCACCGGACAUGCUCUGAAGACCCCCUAAGAACCCCCUGAACAGUGCCAGGCUCACAUCUACACCCUUGCAGCUGCCCAGCCUCCUGCCUGCCAUGGCCUCCGGUGACAAGAAUGGCGACGGCGUCUGUGCGUCCAGCAGCCGCCUGCAGAGCCGGAAGCCCCCCAACUUGUCCAUCACCAUCCCCCCACCCGAGCCCCUGGCCCCCAGCGAGCAGACCAGCACGCUCACACUGCUGCAGAGGCCCAGGAAUCCCGCCUACCUGAAGAGCGUCAGCCUGCAGGAGCCCCGGCCAUGGCAGGACAGCCAGGACAAGCGGCCGGGCCUGAAGCGCCAGGCCUCGCUGUCCCAGAGCAUCCGCAAGGGCACGGCGCAGUGGUUCGGGGUGAGUGGCGAUGGCGAGUGGCGGCGCCAGCACUGGCAGCGCCGCAGCCUGCACCACUGCAGCGUGCGCUAUGGGCGCCUCAAGGCCUCAUGCCAGCGGGACCUGGAGCUGCCCAGCCAGGAGGCGCUGUCCUUCCAGGGCACCGAGUCGCCCCGGCCCUGCAAGCUGCCCAAGAUUGUGGACCCGCUGGCCCGGGGCCGGGCCUUCCGCCACCCUGACGAGGUGGACCGGCCCCACGCGCCACCCACACCUGGGGUGCUGUCGCUCACCUCCUUCACCAGCGUGCGCUCUGGACACCUGCCCCGGCGCAAGAGACUGUCGGUGGCCCACAUGAGCCUGCAGGCCGCGGCCGCCCUGCUCAAGGGACGCUCGGUGCUGGAGGCCGCUAGCCAGCGGUGCCCAGCGGUCAAGCGCAGCUUUGCCUACCCCAGCUUCCUGGAGGAGGACGCGGUCGACGGGGCGGAUACCUUCGACUCCUCCUUCUUCAGCAAGGAGGAAAUGAGCUCCAUGCCUGACGACGUGUUUGAGUCCCCCCCACUCUCGGCCAGCUACUUCCGGGCUGUCCCGCGCUCGGCUCCCCCGCUGACCCCCGACGGCGUGCAGGUCCCCCUGAAGGAGUCCGGCCGAGCCGCCAUCCCCGCUGCCCGCCGCGGCAAGCGCCUGGCCGCCCGGGUCAAGUACUUCGCCUUCGCCCGCAAGCGGCGGCACUACGGCCUGGGUGUGGUGGGCGGCUGGCUGAACCGCUCCUACCGCCGCAGCAUCAGCAGCACCGUGCAGCGGCAGCUCGAGAGCUUCGACAGUCACCGGCCCUACUUCACCUACUGGCUGACCUUCGUGCACAUCAUCGUCACGCUGCUGGUGAUGUGCACAUAUGGGGUGGCACCCGUCGGCUUUGCCCAGCAUGUGACCUCCCAGCUGGUGCUCAGGAACAAAGGCGUGUAUGAGAGCGUGAAGUACAUCCAGCAGGAGAACUUCUGGAUCGGCCCUAGCUCGAUUGACCUCAUCCACCUGGGAGCCAAAUUCUCGCCCUGCAUCCGGAAGGACCGGCAGAUCGAGCAGCUGGUCCGGCGGGAGCAGGAGCAGGAGAGGGAGUCGGGCUGCUGCGUGCAGAACGACCGUUCGGGCUGCAUCCAGACCCAGCGCCAAGACUGCUCGGAGACUCUGGCCACUUUUGUCAAGUGGCAGGAUGACACUGGGCCACCCAUGGACAAGUCUGACCGGGGCCCAAGGCGGACCUCAGGGGCCGUGUGCCAGCAGGACCCCAGAACCUGUGAGGAGCCGGCCUCCAGCGGGGCCCACAUCUGGCCUGAUGACAUCACCAAGUGGCCGAUCUGCACGGAGCAGGCCCGCAGUAACAAGUCGGGUUUCCUACACAUGGACUGCCAGAUCCGCGGCCGCCCCUGCUGCAUCGGCACCAAGGGCAGCUGUGAGAUCACCACGCGCGAGUACUGCGAAUUCAUGCACGGCUACUUCCAUGAGGAAGCCACGCUCUGCUCCCAGGUGCACUGCCUGGACAAGGUCUGCGGCCUGCUGCCCUUCCUCAACCCCGAGGUCCCGGACCAGUUCUACCGCCUCUGGCUGUCGCUGUUCCUUCAUGCUGGCGUGGUGCACUGCCUGGUGUCCGUGGUCUUCCAAAUGACCAUCCUGCGGGACCUGGAGAAGCUGGCUGGCUGGCACCGCAUCUCCAUCAUCUUCGUGCUCAGCGGCAUCACGGGCAACCUGGCCAGCGCCAUCUUCCUCCCGUACCGGGCAGAGGUGGGCCCGGCCGGCUCCCAGUUCGGCCUGCUCGCCUGCCUCUUCGUGGAGCUCUUCCAGAGCUGGCAGCUGCUGGAGCGACCCUGGAAGGCCUUCCUGAACCUGUCGGCCAUCAUGCUCUUCCUCUUCAUCUGCGGCCUGCUGCCCUGGAUCGACAACAUCGCCCACAUCUUCGGCUUCCUCAGCGGCCUGCUGCUGGCCUUCGCCUUCCUGCCCUACAUCACCUUCGGCACCAGCGACAAGUACCGCAAGCGGGCCCUCAUCCUGGUGUCCCUGCUGGUCUUCGCCGGCCUCUUCGCCUCGCUCGUGAUCUGGCUCUACGUCUACCCCAUCAACUGGCCCUGGAUCGAGCACCUCACCUGCUUCCCCUUCACCAGCCGCUUCUGCGAGAAGUACGAGCUGGACCAGGCGCUGCACUGAGCCGCCCCGACCCAGAAGAACCACUCAGAGCCGAAGGCCCCGCCCCAU